UUGCGAGCGCGUAGGUGCCGUCGCUAGUAUAAGGACGCGGACGGAGUCGGGAAGGCAUGUUUCCUCAUCGACCCGCGACGGACGGACAGAUGGAUAGGAGUAUUUUAUUUAUAGCGUCUCUGACGCUUUUAGCUUUAGGAUCUGGUGCUGAUGCUCAGCGCUACUACAACUACUACCCGCGGGGCUAUGCAGGCCGCAACCUCUACGAGAACGGCCGCUCGAUCUCCGACGAGACGGUGACGUGCGGCCCGCACACGUGCGGUGUGGGCGCGCACUGCACGCACGGCUCCGUGCGGCCCGUCUGCGCGUGCCUGCCCGGGUACUCCGGCGACCCGCUGUCCCAGUGCGUCAGGAUCGAGUGUGUUGACAACAGCGAGUGCCGCGCCCACCAGUCGUGCGUGAACCAGCACUGCAUCAACCCCUGCGAGGGUGCCUGCGGAGUCAACGCCAACUGUGAUGUGCGUCAACACGUCCCCGUGUGCUCUUGUCCUACAGGGUACACCGGCAAUCCUUUCACAGCCUGCAGAAUUGCUGACCCAGAGGAAGCAUGCCACCCAUCCCCGUGCGGCGCCAACACUCAGUGCCGCGUCGCCAACAACCAGGCCAUCUGCACCUGCUUGCCCGGAUACUUAGGUAGCCCGCUCUCCGGCUGCCGCCACGAGUGCGACUCGGACAGCGACUGCGGCUCGCAGCAGUCGUGCCGCGACUUCAAGUGCGUCAGCCCCUGCAGCGACUGCGGCGUCAACGCCGACUGCGAGACCGUUGCCGCCCACCGCGCCGUCUGCAAGUGCCCACGAGGCUACCACGGUGACCCGUACAGGAUCUGUACCGCCGAGUGCACCUCCGACAGCGAGUGCCCGAGCUACAAGCCGGCGUGCGUGUACAACGCGUGCAUCAACCCCUGCACCAACGCGUGCGGAGUCAACGCCGACUGCAACCUCCGCGGGCUGACCCCCGUCUGCUCCUGCCCCAAGACCCACACCGGAGACCCCUUCACCUUCUGCAGACUCUUCGAGGCCCGUGACCUCUGCGAGCCCAACCCUUGCGGCGCGAACGCCAAGUGCACGCCCGGCCACGACCGCACCGGCGCCGAGCGGCCCGUCUGCACUUGUCCCGCCGGAUACCGCGGCAACGCCCUCGUCGCCUGCGAGAAGGGUGAAUGCGAGCUGGACUCCCAGUGUCCGGACCACCUGGCGUGCGUGGGCUACUCGUGCACCGACCCCUGUCUUGGCAACACCCAGUGCGGCUCCGGCGCCGUCUGCGUCGCCCGCCGACACAUCGCCGUCUGCACUUGUCCUGGAGAUCACCGCGGAGACGCGCUAGUGAACUGCUACCAGCCUCACUCCGAGGCGGUGUCGACCCGCUACUACAGGUACAAACGUAACGGAAACUUCACCGUAGACGACGCCCCGGCGCCAUCUGUCGAUCUCAGCGAGAAACCGACCGAGCAAACCGACAAAUCUGAGGAGAAACCUAAGGAAAAACCUGAGGAAAAAACCGAAACGACAGCUGCCAAAAAAGAAUAAAUUAUUCCGUUAAACUUGCCUAACAAUCAGUGAUUUGCCGAUUAACUGUAAAUUAGAUGUAAUGGAAACAAACUAAAAUAAAUUAUAAU